AGGUGGUCCCCUCUCCGCACCGGGCUGACAGCAGCAGAGCCGCGCAGGUGGCCAGCAGAAGAGCCGUGGGCGACGCUCCCCCUCCCUCCCCACCACCACCAGCACCUCCUCCUCUCCGUCUCUGGACGAGUGUCUGGAGGUGUCCGCCUCAUCGCAGAGCCCGCCUCGGUCGCCUCGCGGUUCCCUCCCGGCAUUUUCCCUGCGCCGUCUCCGAAGAUGAUACGUGGCAAGCGAAGAGCCGCAGUCAUGUCCUUCUCGGUGGCGAUAUUGGGAGCGCUGAUGCUGCAGUCUGUCUCUUCCCAGAACGAGCCGUCGAUCGCCGCCUCCGAACACGCCACGCUUCCCGUGGAAGGCGACAGCCUCACGCUGCAGUGCAACCUGACCAGCGCCCACAGCAUGCACCAGGAGAGCUACUGGAUGAAGAACGGCGAGGAGAUCCCCGAGACGCGCAGCCCCAACAGGAACACUGAGUACAGAGUGAAGCGACCCCGAGGAGACGACGCCGGACUCUACAUGUGUGUCUACACCUUCGACAUGGCUCCUCCAGGCAACGCCACCAUCGAAGUCAAAUCUGCUCCUGAGAUUACAGGCCACAAGCGUAGUGAGAAUAAGAAUGAAGGUCAGCACGCUGUGCUCUACUGCAAGUCUGUGGGUUAUCCUCACCCCAUCUGGACCUGGCGCAAGUUUGACAACGGCAUUUUUAGGGAUAUUGACAACUCCACCGGCCGCUUCUACAUCAGCAGCCGGGACAACUACACCGAGCUCCACAUCAGCAACCUGGACAUCAACUUGGACCCGGGCGAGUACCACUGCAACGCCACCAACAUGAUCGGCAGCCGUGACGAGAAGUCUGUGCUGAGGGUCCGCAGUCACCUGGCUCCACUAUGGCCCCUCCUGGGGGUUUUGGCUGAGAUCAUCAUCCUGAUCAUCAUCAUCGUUGUUUAUGAGAAGCGCAAGAAGCCUGAAGACUUACAGGACGCUGGACCAGUGAAAACGAACUCUACCAACAACCACAAAGACAAGAAUCUCCGCCAGAGGAAUACAAACUGAGCAGCCUUUCUGCUGAGCCUCCCUGCACAUGUAUUGACCACAUGAAGGUAAACGAGAUGGGACUCCAUACCAGUUGUUAAUGGGAUGUUAUCUGCCAUCGAAAGUAUGUCUGUGGAGGAAUUUAAAGAGGCAUGCCUUAUUUAACGGUGUGAGAGGACCGGAGGCGCUCAAACCAAUAUGGAAUAGCUACCAUUAUAACCAUUGUUGCUGCAUGCAGUUGUUGACGUUUCAGAUUUCUUUCUCUCUUAACCACUAAUUUUACAUUUUUACGACUUCUAAAGUAAUGCAUGCAAGAUGUGACCUUCUGUUUGAUACAGAAAUGGCUUUUUUUUUUCUUUUUUCUUUUUUUUUUCUUUUGGUUCUUUUUUUCUCUGAGAGUGGCUUCAUGUAGAUAACCUGUACUGUGAAAAACAAAACUUGACAAUGUAAAAGAAAAUACCACCGUAUUCUGGUAUGGCAGAUGUGUACAGUUGUAUCAUUCCACUGCAUACCACCCAUUCAUUUUAUCAGAGAAUAUCUAUUGCUUAUUAAGGGCUUUGCAAUGUCCCUCUAAAUUUGAUUAAGGUUUACUUUACUGUAUGUAUGUACUGUAUGUAUUAAAUCACUAUAACUAUGUAUCAGACCAACAUUAAUAUAAAGAUUAUUCAUAUUAUAUGAUGCACUUAAAUGUUGAAAAUACUGAGAAACUGUAUAAACCUACUUUAGGAAAUCUGUACUAAUCAUCCUAACAUGUUGUUUUAUAAUUAUGUGUAUUGUACAGCAUGGCUAUUAUCCUAUGCAAUUAUUAUUCAUAUCAAUAUAUUUAAAAUCAUUGCAGCUUUUGAUUUCUCUGUGACAAAGCUUUAAACUAGUAGGAUCACCGUAGAGCGUUGAUGGCAUACAACACAGCUGCAUGAAUUCUCUACAGCUGACGUGGGAGGAGGAGUGAGAACGGCUCACGUCAGUGCUGACACGCGUGAAACAAUUCCAG